UAUCGAGCCCAAUGAGUUUCUUCGACACGACUCCGACCAGCCGCAUCCUCAGCUGUUUCUCCAGGUGUCAGGAUGAGAUCGACUCUCUGAUGCCUCAUCAUCUCAACGUCCUGCUCUCCUUGUGUAUGAUCACCGUCUGCAUCUGCAUCAUCAACUCCAUCAUCUUCCCCAUCAUGGUGCUGCCCGUGUUCAUCCUGGUGACAGUCCUGUCUCUCCUCCUCUGGAUGUUCCGGGGAAACAUCAUUCAGUUAAAGAUGACGGAGAGCAUCAGCCGCUCUCCCUGCGUCUCUCUGUGCACCUCCAUCGCUCAGGCCUCAGCACCAUCCAAUCCUACCACAAGACGCACAACUUCACCAAGCUUCUAG